AUGAAGGUGCUGGCCUCGACCCUCCUGCUGGCUUCGGCCGUGCUCGGCGCGUGCGCCCGCGGCGUCGAGCACGUCGGAAAGGCCUCUCUUGCCAACCGAUACCGCGACAUCCGCGAACGCGCCCUCGAGCACCACGAGCACAACCGCCUCGUCUCCCGCGCCCCGCACCAGACCAAGGCAAAGCACCUAAACAGCAAGACUAAGAAGUUCGCCGUCGAUGGUGCCAAGCUCCCCCUAGUCCCCUUUGACAUUGGCGAGUCGUACGCCGGUCUCAUGCCCAUCUCGGAGAACAAGGAUGAAGAGCGUCAACUGUACUUCUGGUACUUCCCCUCGAGCAACCCCGCCGCCACCGACGAAAUCACCAUCUGGCUCAACGGCGGACCUGGCUGCUCGUCGCUCGAGGGUAUGCUCCAGGAGAACGGUCCCUUCCUCAUGCAAUACGGAGCGGGCCCGCACGCCGUGCCGAACCCGUGGUCGUGGCAGAACCUGACGAACAUCGUCUUCGUCGAGCAGCCCGUCGGCACCGGCUUCAGCCAGGGCACCCCGAACAUCACUUCCGAGGCCGAGCUGGCCGAGCAAUUCAAGGGUUUCUACAAGAACUUUGCCAAGACCUUCUCGCUGCAGAACAAGAAGAUCUACAUCACGGGAGAGUCGUACGCGGGCAUGUACGUGCCGCACAUUGCGAGCGCGAUGCUCGACGAGGAGGACAAGGAGUUCUUCAACGUCGAGGGCACCAUGAUCUACGACCCGUCGAUCAACACCGACGCCAUCAUGAACGACGUGCCGGCCAUGGCGUUCCUCGAGUACUGGAAGCCGCUGUUUGGGCUCAACGACACGUUUGUCGAGGAGCUGCGCCAGAUGGACAAGGAGUGCGGCUUCACGGCGUACCUCGAGGAGAACCUCGUCUACCCGCCCAAGGGCAAGCUGCCGGAGCCGCCCAAGAAGUCGGACAAGUGCGACCCGUUCAACAAGAUCAUCGACGCCGUCAUGCUCGUCAACCCAUGCUGGGAUAUCUACCAGAUCGCCACCACCUGCCCGCUCCUUUGGGACGUGCUCGGCUUCCCCGGCUCGUUUGGCUACCUCCCCAACGGCGCCACCAUCUACUUUGACCGCGACGACGUCAAGCGCGCCAUCAACGCGCCCGUCAACUUCAAGUGGGAGGAGUGCUCGUCGGACAACGUCUUCAAGACAAAGUCCGGCCUCGACUCGGACGCCGAGGCGGGCCACUACAGCUCGUUUGACGUGCUCCCCUCGGUCAUUGAGCGCAGCAACCGCACCGUCAUCGCCCACGGAAUGCUCGACUACGUCCUGCUCGUCAACGGCACCCUGCUCUCGGUGCAAAACAUGACCUGGAACGGCGCCCAGGGCCUCAGCAAACCCGUCACCGAGGAAUUUUUCGUGCCGUACCACGAUGAUCUUCAAACCGCCACCCUCGCCGGAGCUGGUGUCAUGGGAACUUAUCGCACCGAACGAGGCCUUUCAGUGAUUACAGUAGCAGGCGCGGGCCAUAUGGUCCCCCAGUAUACUCCCAGUGUUGCAUACAGGCAGCUCGAGUUCCUCCUGGGACGCAUCGACAACCUCGGGAGCAAGGAGCCCUUCACCAAGAGCGACAACGGACUGAAGGCGCUUCCCGAAGGCCCGCAGAAGCGGCUCGUCGUGGGCGACGCGGCCGUCGAGGCGCUGCUCGAGCAGAGGAGCUAG